GGCGGGCCGGCUUCCGGCUGCGCGUGGGGCAGGAGGCCCGGGCAGGCGCUGCGGCCGCGGACAUGGAGACUUUGUACCGCGUCCCGUUCCUAGUUCUCGAAUGUCCCAACCUGAAGCUGAAGAAGCCGCCAUGGGUGCACAUGCCGUCCGCUAUGACGGUGUAUGCCCUGGUGGUGGUGUCCUACUUCCUCAUCACCGGAGGAAUAAUUUAUGAUGUUAUUGUGGAGCCGCCCAGUGUCGGCUCCAUGACAGAUGAGCAUGGGCAUCAGAGGCCGGUGGCGUUCUUGGCCUACAGAGUAAAUGGGCAGUACAUCAUGGAAGGCCUGGCGAGCAGCUUCCUGUUCACCAUGGGAGGGCUAGGCUUCAUAAUCUUGGACCGAUCCAACGCACCAAAUAUUCCAAAACUCAACAGAUUUCUUCUUCUGUUCAUUGGCUUCGUCUGUGUCCUAUUGAGCUUCUUCAUGGCUAGAGUAUUCAUGAGGAUGAAGCUGCCGGGCUACCUGAUGGGUUAGUGCCUUCGGAGAAGAAACCAAGAGAUUUGCUCCCGGGUAUGAAGCCACAAAAGCUGUACCAGUCCUCUCCUGUGGAACAGGGGAAGAGUGAAGAACAGCAGCAAGAAGUACCAGGUGAAGACGCAGGGGACACCUACAGCUCGGACUGAAGUUUUUGAUACCAGAGACAAGUUUAUCGCAGUAUUUUUUUCCUGCUGGUCCAUUCUGAUGUGAUGUUAAGUGGCAUUUUCUUCUCUUUCACUUGUUAAAGAAAAAAUACUGAAACUGUAAUAUUGAAUAAAGUGGUUAUUUUUUACAAUGCACUCAGCA